GGGAGCGGGACUCGCGAUCCAAAAAGUUGGCGGCCGGGGAGGCAAACAACCGAAACCUAAAACUCGUCAAUUGUCCUGCUCGAGAUGGCGUCUCGUUGUGCUCAUAGCUCCCGGCUGCUUAUGCCCUUCUUAUACCCAUCAUUGUUUCGUACCAGUGCCGGAAGUGUGCCCCGUGCCAGCUUAGCCCUCGCCCGAAACCUUCGUUACAGCAGCACAGACGCCACAGCGACAUUGAACCCCCAGCACCCCGAGAACGACGAGACGAAAUCGAGACUUAAUCCCGCCCCCGAUGACUACUCGAACCCAUACUUUGCCGACAAGGCCAAGCUGAACGUCUACGCUGGCCCCGGUGGCAACGGCUGUAUAUCCUUUCUCAGAGAAUUGUUCAUUCCCGAAGGCCCGGCGAACGGAGGUGAUGGAGGCCAUGGCGGCAAUGUCUACAUCCAAGCUGUCCACGGCGAGACUUCGCUACACAAGUUGGCACGAAGGAGGCAUAUUCGCGCUGGUCGAGGAAAGCAUGGCCAGGGCAGCGCUCAGGGUGGACAGCGCGGAGAGGACGUCAUCAUAACUGUACCAGUCGGAACAGUCGUUACCGAGAUCAGCCGCGACGACCCCGAAGGCGAGAGGCAACUCAUCGACAGAGCCAAGUACAAGCGCAAGAGGAAAAAGGACUUCCGAAACGCCGCUGCUGUUGAGGCGCCAAAGGAGGAGGAGGAAGGGGUAGAAGGAACGAUAGUAGAGGAGGAGCCGCCCAUCAACCCAGACCUCGACCGAUGGCUGCUGUACCCCGGCAUCUCCUCGUCAGAGGCCAGAAGAGUCGGCGCCGAACUGCCACGACUGCCCCGUCGCGACCGACUGUUUCAACAACCGCCAGCACCCAUAUAUCUGGACCUGAACCGUCCUACACCACGGCCCAUCCUGCUGGCGGCAGGUGGCCUCGGUGGACUGGGUAAUCCCCAUUUCGCAAACAAGGACAGGCCAAGGCCCAUGUUUGCGACAAAGGGAGAGCCGGCCAUGACUCUAGAGAUCGAGCUCGAGCUCAAGCUCCUUGCCGAUGUUGGUCUGGUUGGUCUACCCAAUGCCGGCAAGAGCACCCUCCUUCGCGCCUUGACCAAUAGCCGAGCUCGUGUUGGCCACUGGGCAUUCACCACGCUACAACCCAAUAUCGGCACCGUCGUGCUCGAUAACAACAAAGGCCGCCCCUCGGUAAAGAGCUACAAGCGAAUCAGCGAUGCUCCUGUGGAUGAUCCCUUUGCUCUCACUGGUGCGCCGGACGAAGUCGAGCAACGAACGAGGUUCACUGUCGCUGAUAUCCCGGGUCUGAUUGAGGGUGCCCAUCUCGACAAGGGUCUCGGUAUCGCCUUUUUGCGUCACGUCGAGCGUGCUGGUGUGCUCGCCUUCGUCAUUGACCUGGGUGCCGGCAAUGCUGUGAAAGCGUUGAAGGCGCUGUGGAACGAGGUGGGCUUGUACGCGCAAAUGCGCGAGGAUGAAGAGGCUGACCGGGAGCGCGCAGCGAGGAUUGACUGGAGUCCAGAGGCCGGUAUUGAUGAUGUGAGCAUGUCAGGUGGAUGGCCAGCCUCGAACGGCAUGGCCGACUAUCCGCCAUCUGCUGCCGAACCUGCAGGGUUGUCCAUCGCAGGGAAGCCGUGGUUUGUGGUAGCCACCAAGGGAGACUUGAAGGACACUCAGGCCAACUUCAUGGAGCUCAGAAACUACUGUGCGGCUGUCACACGUGGUGAUGAGCCCCAUCCUAGCGGCGUCCAAGGUGCUUGGGUUGAGAACGUGGAAGCCAUUCCCGUCAGUGCCAUCAAUGGUCACGGCGUGGAGAGGAUUGUUCACUGGACGGUCGGCUUGUUGGAUGGUUGAACAAACUCACAAGCUCUCGUCUUUUACAACCACAGCUGGGAUAAACCCCACAAGGCUUUAGCAUGAGAUACCCAAUCCCUCUUCUACGCAGUUGUCCGAGUAACUAUAUGUACCAACUUCUGACCUGGUGCAACCUACCGGCAGUUAGUACGGUCACUGUUUGGUGGUUGGACCCUUAACUUCUUAUCAGCAAUUACUGAUAAGCAACGUCAACCAUCCAUGGAAGCAAUUCCGCUAGCCCUACCCGGUUAGCUUGUAUACAUAGUGGAUCCAUUACAAUAGCUUCAUGUAGAAUAAUGACCAAUCAAAAAACGUAGUUCACAAG